AUGGGACAUGCCAUUUCAUCUCCGAAUAAAGACCUCCGCCCGCACGGACAACGAGACAGCGACGCGCCCGCUGCUGAUGGGGGGGCCAACGAGGUCAUGGAGGUCAAUGACCCUACCAAGGUCAACAACCCCACAGAGGUAUGCACAGAGGACUUCGAGACGUUCCACGUCAUGGAGGAAGCAAAUCCUCUCGCGACCAACUACCUCGUCGCCACGUGUCUCCUCUCGCAUUUCGGCAACCCCGAGGUCAUGACCUUUCGCCUCGUCUGCUCGACCUGGGCGUCAGCCGGUGGCGUCAUCUUGUCGCGGCGGGAUGGCGGGAACGCCCGAGCCUACCUCCGACUCGAGGAAGAAGGCGAUGCACUCCGGAGGAUCGACCGGCUCGACGCGCUUCUCGCGCGGACAUCCUCGCCGCGCUAUCUGCUCCCCAGCGCGAUCGCCGUUUCGACGUCCUGCAUCCGAAGCAAGUCCGCGGACCCCGGGGCCACGCCGAGGGUUCAAGCGUUUCUUAAGCAGAACGGCGAGUACGUGAAGGGCGUCGAGUUUUUCAGAUCGGAACGGCGAGAAAACGACGCGGAGAUGUUUGACGAGGUCAAGAUGAUUCUGGAAACGUGUCAAAAUCUGACAGAUUUGGCCUUUUUGCCGUACAAAGCGAAAAUCGGACAAACACAAGAGGUUGCCGCAUUUAGUCAAUCCUUGCAGUGGACGCCGAUCAGACCUGCGGCCGCGCUCGCGGUGAAUCUGCGCCCAUUAAAGCUGACCACGUUGGUAGUGCAGAUGUGCCACCCGCGCCAUCUCGCGGCAGUCAUCGUGUCCUCCCCGAAUCUGAGGGAGCUCAGCUUCCUCGCGCCCCACGAGGACACGCGCACUCCCGCCGAACUUUUGGAGGAUUGGGAGGGGUUUCAGGAAGCGGUCAACGAGUUUGGCGGGGGGGUCAACCAGAUUAAAUCGUUAAGUUUGGAAGAUUGGGACCUCGUGCCCAAUGUGGAAAUGAAAAACCUCAAGUCCGUCAAGCUGUCCAUGCUGCAAGGUGUCUCCACCGUUCCCGAGUCUCAGAAGAUUUCCUACAGCAUAAUCUACCCUCAAGUGACCAGUAUCCAUCUCUACUUGUGCCAGGAACGCCUAACUCUGCUCGGGAAUCGUCCUAUCCACCGUUUCCUGAACCGAUUUCCGGACAUCACCACGCUCCUCCUCGAAUUCCGGCCAGACCUCCGCCUUCAUGGAGGAUGGGAUGAAGAUGAAGAAUUCGUCCGCGUCCUCGCCAACCGGAACCUCUUCAAUCCGGUCGAGUGUGCCGUCAACUACAACGUGACGAACUUGGUGGUCUACAACACCAAAGCUUUUCAACUUGAAGAGGAACCCGUCGACAUCUUCGAACAAUCGAAACCUUUCAGUAAUUUAACCAAAUUGUGUCCGGACGUGGAAAAUUUGGCGAUUUAUCGUAUCGAUGCGACCCGGCCGAUUCAAUUGAACCAAAUUUUCCGAGUGGCUGAAAAGUGGGCAAAUUUGAAGGAGGUGGCUGUGUCAAAAGCGUCGUUUCGCUGUUCAGAAAUCCUCGUCGCAUUUUCCAGAAUUAAUUUUAUGAAUCGCAUCCGCCACUUGACCCUGGACCUGCACCCACCCGCCAAAAAUAGCAACCAAUGGAAUGAUUGGUAUGACCGCUGGAACGACAAGGUUCUCUUUCCCGCCGUUAUUGUGGUCGGAACUCGGCUCCAGUCCUUCAAGCUGAGCGGUUUCGGAAAGUUCACGCAGACCAGCCCGGACGAUCUGGAGAUAAACGAGACUAGCCACGAUUUUUUUGAGAGGGAGGCGCCCGCCUUGGGAAACGUGUCGCUGGCGAAAUUUGACUUCCGGAACCGCUAUCCGACCGGAGCCGUGUUGUCGAAGAGGCUAAAAAUUAAAUUUUGAAAUCCUCACAAAUUUGAAAUACUUGCGACCAAAAAUUUCCGAAAAUUAAUUUUCCGUCGAAAUUAUGUAGAUUCAAGGACAAAAUGGAAUAAUAAAAUGA